UAAAGGAGCGGGUGCGCACUAGCCGUUAACAGUGCAGGACGCGGGACCUUACUGUGCGCUUGUGUUUGUGAGUCAGUGCAGCGAACACGUUUGGCAUUUUUGGAGUGACUCUUUCGAACCCCACUGAGCAGAACCUUUGAAAAGACAACUAUGGCCAACAACGCGCAGCAGCCGCCUCAACUACACCUGGCGGAGUUCACCGCAACGCAGUUUCUGGACAUCUGGAAACAUUUCGAUGUGGACGGGAACGGCUACAUUGAGGGGAAGGAGCUGGAGAAUUUCUUCCGUGAGCUGGAAGGGGCUCGACAAGGAACGGGCACAGACCCAUCAAAUGUUGCUUUCAGGGAAAAGAUGAAGGAGUUUAUGCAUAGAUUUGACAAGAAUGCAGAUGGCAAGAUUGAGAUGUCAGAGUUAGCUCAGAUCUUGCCAACAGAAGAGAACUUCCUGCUGUGUUUCAGGAUGUUUGUGGGAUCCAGCUCCGAGUUUAUGCAGGCUUGGAGAAAGCAUGAUGAGGACCGUAGCGGCUACAUUGAGUCCAAUGAGUUGAAGGGCUUCCUCUCUGACCUGCUCCAUAAGGCCAACAGAAAGUAUGACGAUAAGAAGCUGAAUGAGUACACAGCGACCAUCCUAAGGAUGUUUGACUUGAAUGGAGAUGGAAAACUUGGCCUGUCCGAGAUGGCCAGGCUCCUCCCCACUGAGGAGAACUUCCUGCUGAAGUUCCAGAGCAUCAAAGUAUCAGCUGAACAAUUCCAUUCCAUCUUCAACUUCUACGAUAAAGACGGCAGCGGUUACAUCGAUGAGCAGGAGCUGGACACUCUGCUGAAGGACCUGUUUGAGAAGAACAAACUGAUGGUGGAUGCCAAGAGCUUGUCGAGCUACAAGAAGAGCAUCAUGGCGCUGUCUGACGGGGGCAAACUCUACCGCACUGAGCUGGAGAUCGUCAUCUGCAAGGACCCCUCCGUCUGACCAAUCACAGCGCAGCCCUUGCCUCUUCAUCCAAUCACAGCGCAGCCCUUGCCUCCUCAUCCAAUCAUUACCAGUUUAGGUGCAUGUGCUGGUUCAACCUACCCUCUCCCACACUCAUUAGCGUGAUGUCAAGAAACCCCGCCCAUCUCUGUAUAAACCCCUCCCAUUCAUACAUGACCCCGCCUCUGUUGACGUGUGAUUGGUGCUUCUUGAUGUUCUCAAGCAGCAUCUUUUUCUAAAGGGACUUUUCAACAUGACUGUCUUAGGGAUGAACACAUUUCACCUCAUUCUAAAAUGAAACAUUAUUUAUCUAUGUAUUAAUUUAUUUACUUAUUUAUUUUAGAUAUUAUUGUUGUUAUUGUUUAGUUUCCAAUGAUGUUAGUGUAUCUCUCCAUUCAUCAUUUUAACACUGUCUUCUCUCUCUCUUAAGCUCUCUAUCUCUCUUUUUCUCUCUCUCACUCUCUCUUUCUCUCGUUCUGUAGUUUUCCUCUGACUGUUUGCUUUUAGUUGUCUGAGACCUGAAGCUUGAACUGUUCUUCUGAGCCACAGAGAGUAUCAGUAAAGAUCUGAGGAAAUGUU